UCCCUGGCCCCCACCUCUUUUCGCGCCCUGGCCAGCUGCGCCCGGAACCCAGUCCGGAAUGUGGGCGCCUGCGGCUCGGCUCGGGGUUGCUGCUUCCCUACCCAGGAGCAGAGUUGUUGCAGCGGUCGCUGAGGAAGGAUGACAGAGCUGAAGCCCGCUGUCUGGGGAGAAGACACUGGUCUCACCCCAUCUGGAAUGAAGGGAAAUGCCUUGGCUGUUUGCACUCCGGGUCCCGGAGAAGUACAGCAGAUGGUGCGGGAACAGUACACAACCGCCACAGAAGGCACCCCCAUAGAGAGGCCCGAGAACCAGUGUGUCUACAAAAUUGGCAUUUAUGGCUGGAGAAAGCGUUGCCUCUACUUAUUCGUUCUUCUCUUACUCAUCAUCCUUGUUGUGAAUCUUGCUCUUACGAUUUGGAUUCUUAGAGUGAUGUGGUUUUCUCCAAUAGGAAUGGGUCAUUUGCAUGUAACAAAUGAUGGACUUCGCCUGGAAGGAGAGUCAGAAUUUUUAUUACCAUUAUAUGCCAAAGAAAUACGCUCCAGAGUGGACUCCUCUCUGCUUCUGCAGUCAACUCAGAAUGUUACCGUCAGUGCACGCAACUCAGAAGGGGAGGUCACAGGCAGGUUGAAAGUGGGUCCUAAAAUGGUAGAAGUCCAGAGUCAGCAGUUUCAGAUCAACUCCAAAGAUGGAAAGCCACUCUUUACUGUUGAUGAAAAGGAAGUUGUGGUUGGCACAGAUAAACUUCGGGUGACUGGGCCUGAAGGAGCUCUUUUUGAACACUCGGUGGAGACACCCCUUGUCAGAGCCGACCCAUUUCAAGACCUUAGGUUAGAAUCCCCCACACGGAGUCUGAGCAUGGAUGCCCCGAGGGGGGUUCAUAUUAAAGCUCAUGCUGGGAAAAUCGAGGCACUUUCUCAAAUGGACGUCAUUUUGCAGAGCAGUGAUGGAAUGCUGGUGCUUGAUACUGAAACCAUUCGUCUACCCAAGCUGGUACAGGGGACUUGGAGUCCCUCUGGUGGCCCGGAGGGACUCUAUGAAAUCUGUGUGUGUCCGGAUGGGAAGCUCUAUCUGUCUGUGGCUGGUGUGGAUACCACGUGCCAGGAACACAGCCACGUCUGUCUCUGAACCACUGCCUCUUCCACAGACCGCCUGCCUUGUUUCCCUGGGAUUGUGGCCUUGAACCUUUCCACUUAGGGGGCAGCCAGACAUCCUGCAAGACUGAGACAGGAUGAGAACUGGGAGGAGGACAGGCUUUCCAGAGGAAUGCACCAAAAACAAAACCACAUGAUCUCCAGGUGACCUGUGGAUGUUAGAUACAAAAAUCAGAAUGUCAGAAGAAUGCUUAUUCCACUGGAUUAAUUUUCAUCAGAACAAUUGUGACUUUUCCUAGCCCUCUUCUCCAUCUCUCAUACAUGUCAAUGUUCAACAAAAUGUCGAAUUUGGGUGUGGAAUUAAUUUAUAGUGUUCAACAGCGGAUAUCUAACUCUUCACAAAAGUAGAACUGGUCAAUACAAAAAUGUCCCAAGUUCUAUACCGCGUCUCCUUCUUCCUGCAGCUUCAUACAGUGUGUCAGGCUUCACAAGAAAAUAUUCAGGUUUCAAAGGUGAUUUGAGGUUGAUCUGAUUUACAAUAUGUAGUCAAUUGAAUAAAUUACAAAAAAAUAAGUUAUUUUAUAUAUAUUGUCAAUUAGCAAUAAAAAUCAACCUACAUA